UUCAAUAAAACUAAUAUUGAUUUGUGUAAUAAUCAACAGUCAUCAACAUCAUCAACGACUUUAUUACAACAACAACAAUCAUCCACGAUUACAAAAUCAUCAUCAUUUAAACAUAAUAAUAAUAGUAAAAAAUCAACAAGUGAUUAUUAUUGGUGGCUGUCACGUGAUCAAUUAUUAGCCAUGUUGUGUAUGCGAGGCGGUAAUUUUAAAUUAAAAGAACGUUUAAUAUUAUGUUUUAGUAUUGGUGUUGUGUUAUUUACAUUAUUAUUAGUGAUUGAUUUACAAAUGGAUUAUGGUUUUAGUGGGCAUCAUUUAGUGCCAUCACAUGGACGUGUGAAAAUUGGUAAUGAUUUCGAUGGACCUAAUAGUGCAUAUAAUAGUUUUCGAAAGCGAUUUUUACAAAAGACUCAAAGCAGUAAUGCAUCCAAAGAAAGUCAACAGCAUAAUCCAAUUGAAGUUCCUACACAAUCAUCAAAUGCACAAAACAGUGAUAAAUCUACACAACAACAACAGCAACAACAGCAACAACAACAACCAAAUAAUGAUCCUAGUAAUCGUAAAGACACAAAUAUUGAUUUAAAUGAUAAAUCAACAUAUGAAAAACAUGAUACAUUUAGUGAUUUAGUAACAUACGUAAGUUUAACCAGUGAUGAACGAUUAGAAUUAAUUAAAUCAACACAUGAAAUUGUUAAAAAAUCACCACCAAUUAAAAAUAAUCCAACAAUUAGUGAACAAAUUGGAGUACCUAUUGAAGAAAAGUCAUCAAAUCAAGAGAAAUUCCAAUUAUCAAUAAGAAAACAUGAAUUAUAUACUAAAGAUAGUGAAAAACUAGUCCAAAAAAUACUAAAUGAAAUGGCUACAGCACCAAUUGAACAUGUUUCUCAAAAAGAAGGAGGAACACAAUUGAAAUUAAUAAUAGAUUUCCCUCCAAGUACACAAGCAUUAUUUAAGCCAAUGAGAUAUCCACGAGAACAACAAACAUUACCAAACCAUUUUUAUUUUACGGAUUUUGAACGGCAUAAUGCUGAAAUUGCUGCAUAUCAUUUAGAUAAAUUAUUAGAUUUUCGACGUGCAAUGCCUGUUGUUGGACGUCUUGUAAACAUCACAUCAGAACUAUAUCAGAAAUGUGAAGGUGAAUUAUUAAAGACCUUCUUCAUAUCUCCAUCAAAUAACGUUUGUUUUCAUGGAAAAUGUAGUUACUAUUGUGAUACGUCACAUGCAUUCUGUGGUAAUCCAGAUACAAUUGAAGGCAGUUUAGCAGCGUUUUUACCUGGCAAGGAUGUUGCUUCUAGAAAAGUGUGGAGACAUCCAUGGAGACGUUCAUAUCAUAAACGGCGUAAAGCACAAUGGGAAUUAGAUGGGGACUAUUGCUCUUUAGUUAGAGAAAUACCACCAUACGAUAGUGGACGCCGAUUACUUGAUCUAAUGGACAUGGCAAUAUAUGAUUUUCUCAUGGGAAAUAUGGACCGUCAUCAUUAUGAGACAUUCAACAUAUUUGGAAAUAAUACAUUUCCAAUACACUUGGAUCAUGGACGUGGUUUUGGACGACCAUUUCAUGAUGAAUUAUCAAUUAUCGCGCCCGUUUUGCAGUGCUGUUUAAUACGUGAAUCCACCUUACGAACAUUACUUAAAUAUCAUAACGGACCAUUACGUUUAAGCGAAGCAAUGCGUAUAAGUAUGGAACAGGAUCCAGUUGCACCAAUACUAUGGGAACCACAUUUGACGGCAUUGGAUAGACGUGUAAAAAUUGUUUUACAAACAAUACGAGAAUGUAUAAAUAAAGCAAGGGAAACAAAAAAGGGUAUUAGUGAGAACAGUGACUUGGAUAAUGAUUUAAAUAAUUCUAAAAAAUCAGUUAAUUUAGAAAAUUCAUGA